AUGAGGACAGAUAUGCAUAUCGAGGAAAUUCAGAAGAUUUACUGCGCGAUACUUACCAACGCCAUGUGUAUCAAGUCAGCAGAAGGAUCGGUACCAGUUCUUGGUACGACAGUCGAUCUUGUCGGUUCCUUCAUGAACCACUCAUGUAAUCCGACGGCCUUCGUAUUUUUUGAGGGUCGACAGAUGCGAGUCCGAGCUCUGCGUCCACUUCGUGCCGGAGAAGAGAUUUGUCAGUCAUAUGCGGAUUUAUCUUCUUCUGUCUUCCAUCGACAGGAAGCAAUCGAAAAAGACUACUUCUUCAAAUGUGCUUGUGCGAGAUGCCAGGAUGAAGUGAAAGAACUCGAGGAAAAAGCUCCUACUGACGUCGACUGGUUGAAAAAGCUCGAUAAUGCUCAACGGCGCCUAUUGGAUCUUGCAAACAAUGCGAUCAAUCACCAUAAUCAAACAGGCAUGCAUAUGGAACUCGCAGAGCUGGAGGCAGAUUCUGAAAAGAUUAUUCGCGGACCAUUUCCACACGGCACGUGGCCCGAUGGCAUGCCACCACUGGCUUCUAUUCAUCGUAUCUUCGCUCGAAUUUGCAAGAACAACGAUGAUAUCUCAGGGGCACUGCGCUACUCGUUGAAGGCUUCACUCACUCUACGAGAGCGAGUGGGCGAUAUCUGGGUUCAUUCUUUGUUUGAUACGAUACAAAUUAUAUCGCUGCUUGUUUCGUUACCAGACCAAUAUCCUAUUCUCCGGGAAAACAGCCUGUUUUCGAAAGAUGAUUGCUGGAAUGUUCUCCAUGGUUAUCUAGGCGCGCUGAAGCGAGGUGCGACACACGCCUUUGGAUCGGACUCUCUUUAUACGAGAGCGAUCGCGAAUUGGUACUCAAACGCUAUGCUUUCUGCCGGUCAGCCUCAUCCUGAGACUCGGAGGUUUAAGGUUGUCUAUGGUGUGUCACAGAAAAGGCUGCUUGGGUGGGCAGGCAUCGAGGAAAGUAGAGGAGUUGAUGUGUUGUCUUGA